AUGAGCAUGGUUAUUGGCAUUGGCGAUCUAUUGGUGGGUUAUUACUGGCAAUGGAGAGACGAAUCGCAGGUGGAAGGUAAAUUUAUGUUCUAUAGGGCAGCGAAAAAAACCACUCCUGUCAAAUAUCAAUAUACAAGUAAUCUUAGUAGGUGUUUCCUAGUCUUUGGCAUUGAACCAAAACCAAACAAAAGCGGCAAUUUUAACAACACAAUGCCUGAUACUGAACACUCUGGUGACACCACAGUUAAUCAGGUGGAAACAAUUGUAACCACAGUGGUGGUGGAACAACAAGUACCAACGUUGGUGGCCCUGGACUCCCUGAUCAAUGAGAAUCUGAAACUGGCUUCCGCAUCACAGAGUAGUGGUUGGGGCUUUGCUCAUGGACUGCUUGUCGGCCAAUUGAGUGUGGUCGCAGUUCUGGCAUUUUUCAUCAAGUUCUUUAUAUUUGGCAAUUCAAGCAUGGCGAGGCCCUUGAUGGUGGCUCCCCUCAUAAAUAGAAAGCCAGCAGGGGUCUAUAAGAAGGGAAGGGCGAAGUCUUUUAGUGAAGUAGAGGAUUACGAUUCAGAAACUUCUAGUACUCAAAUAUUAGAUAAAACCUACUACGAUGUCAAAACUCAUCAAUCAGAGAGUUUAGAUUGGUUCAAUGUAUUGGUGGCUCAAUCGAUAGCCCAAUUCAGGUAUGAAGCUUUGAACAAUGACAACAUAUAUCACAGUCUCAGUGACGCUCUAUCAUCCAGUAAUCUACCAGACUACCUGGACAAAAUUACCAUUACUGAGAUAAAUAUUGGAGAUGAUUUCCCCAUCUUCAGCAAUUGCAGGAUAAAACACUCGCCUAACAAUAGCAACAGAUUGGAGGCCAAAAUUGAUGUUGAUGUAGCUGACACUUUAACACUUGGUAUUGAGACGCAGUUGCUUCUGAAUCAACCUAAACCUUUUACUGCUGUGCUGCCAGUACAAUUAAGUGUGUCCAUAGUGAGAUUUUCAGCCUGUUUGACGGUUUCAUUAAUUUCAACUGCAGAUGAAGAGUUUCAAUCGUCUAUCAAGUGUGUAGAGGAUUCUGAAAAUGCAAUUGGAGAUUACGAGGAUGAUGAUGAUGAGUUUGGUGGCGGUGCUGCUUUAAUGUUCUCCUUUUCGCCAGACUUCAGACUAGAGUUUGAGGUUAAAUCCUUGAUUGGCGCAAGAUCGAAACUGGAAAAUGUUCCGCUCAUAGGUAAUCUCAUAGAAGAGAAGCUAAAGAGCUGGUUUCUGGAGCGAUGUGUGGAGCCAAGAUUUCAACUCAUUGAGUUGCCCAGCAUGUGGCCAAGAAAGAAAAACACACGCAAGCCCGUGGAUAGUGAAUCUGAAACAGCCGUUGAUUCUAAUUAA